AUGUCUUCAACAUCGGCACAGCCCCUCAAAGUGCUCGUGGUGGGAGCAGGUAUCGGCGGCCUCACUGCAGCCAUCGGUCUGCGACAACAAGGGCACGAAGUCACGCUCUUCGAAAGAACCGAACUUGCUCAAGAAACCGGCGCCGCUCUUCACCUGGCACCCAAUUGCCAUGGCUUGCUUCGAAGAUUCGGAAUCUUCCCCGAGUCCUUUGGCGCCAACCCCGUCCACGGAAUGGCCGAGUAUAACCGUGACGGCUCAACCCGCCUCAAUUUGGAUCUAAGACAAGCCCUUUCCAUCUGGGAAUUCCCCUGGGUUCUUAGCCACCGCGUUGGCCUCCACAACGCCCUGAAGCAGGCCGCCACCGGAAAGGAGGGCAAGGGCACUCCUGCCGUCCUCAAGACUUCCAGCCAGGUUGUUGACGUCGAUGUCGAAACGGCCACCAUCACCCUCGCGGAUGGUACCAAGGUGACCGGAGAUGUCGUUCUCGGAGCCGAUGGCGUAAGCUCGGCGACAAGAAAGGCUAUUGUCGGAGAGAGCCAUAAGCCCUUUGGCUCUGGCAAGUCCGCGUUCCGGUUCCUCAUUCCCCACGAGACGCUUCUUUCCAACCCCAAUACCAAGAAAUUCACCGAGACCCAAGGCUACAUGUCCAUGUGGUACGGCGAUGACCGCCGACUCGUCAUGUACCCCUGCAACGAUAACACCAUUAUGAAUUUUGUCGCCAUCCACCCUACCGACCUAUCAGCGUCCAAGGAGACGGUACGCUGGAGCCGCGUGGGUAACAAGGAUAACCUUCUCGACAUCUACAAGGACUUUGGCACCGAUGUUGAAAGUCUGUUGAAGAUGACAGACGCCGACGAGCUCAAGCUCUGGACCCUUUUGGAUAUGGAGCGCAUCCCCUCGUGGACCAAGGGCCGUCUGGCCUUGCUCGGUGACGCGGCUCAUCCUUUUCUCCCCCACCAGGGACAAGGCGGCGGCGUCGCUAUUGAGGACGCCACCUCCCUCGUAGCGCUCCUACCUCUCGGCACUACGCCCGAAGACAUCCCGGAGCGCCUUGCCCUGUACGAAAAGAUUCGCGACGAGAGGGCGCACAAGAUCCAAGAGUUUACCCGCAUCGCGGGCGCUGACCUGAACGACGCCACUCGCAAGAGCUUCAACAUCAUGGAGUUCACAAAGUACAACUACGGUUUCAGCGAGUGGCACAACUCCACCCGCGCCCUCAAAGAGCACCUCUGGGCCAAAAACGGCAAGACCUACCUGCGCCACCCCCUCUCCUUCGGGCCCAUGACCAGCCCUCGACAGGACCACUACGGCCGCCGGAUCCCCUCGGACCGGUCGCGCUACACCACCCACUCCCUGCGCUUCAAGACCUCGGCCACGUACCUGCAGACGCUCUUCCCCACCAAGGCCUUCAGCUUCGCCUCGCCCGGCACCGUGGCCGAAGCCACCUUCCAGUGCACCCAGCUCGACAAGAUGGGCUGGCUCGGCGGCGGCGGCUACAACUACUUUGGCCUGUGGAUCCACGGCGUGCAGUACGAGAAGAAGGACGGCACCAAGGUCGUCGGGUCUUUCCUCCCCGUGCUCCUCGAGAACCUCUCCGAUCCCAUCACGACCGGGCGCGAGGAGAUUGGCAUGCCCAAGCUGUACUGCGAGAUCAACGUCGCCAGCGACGAGUCGUCGAGCCGCGUCAGCUGCGCUUGGCGGGGCGCCACGUUUAUGACGAUGAAACUCACGGGCCUGGCCGAAUCCGCCAAGGUAGAGACCAAUGGCGAGGCCCCGGUCCCCGCUGCUCCUGCCCCCGCUGCUGCUGCUGCUGGUCCGCCAAACGGUCCGCCCGCCGGGCCUCCCCAAGCCCGUCGAGGAAGGUCAGCUAGUGUACAGGUACGUCCCUGCCGUGGGUCAAAGGGCGUCGCCGACGCAGAAUAUGCCGUCCUUAUCCCAAGUGCGACCGCGACGACGGCCCGUGUCGCCGACAGGACGGUGCGCUCAAAGACGGGUACCAUUGAGGCCAACCCGGGCGACUGGGAGGCGCUGCCCACGCUGCAUCACGUGGCGGAAGGUCUUGCGGAAGUGCCCAUCUACGAGGUGAUUGAGGCCAAGAUUGAGGAGGGCCAUGGUGUGGAGGAUGUCAGUCAAGCGGUACGGAUUGAGUAG